ACUUUCAGUAACAACUUGUAGCUUGAAUUAAAACGCGAAAAAUGAUUUCGUGUUGUUGAAUAACCGUAAAUAUUAAGAAUUAGAAAGUUAAUUUUGUUUUUAGUUCUGGGGCAGUAACUGUCCUUCUACCUUAAAGUCAUAUAGACCAUUUUAAUAAUAGCGAAGUCUUGAAAGUGCCGCAAAUUUAAUCUGACCGUAAGAAGCGAUUUUGUGAUUGUAAAUACACGUCUUUUUAUAUGGUAUUUAAGUACAGACUCAACAAUGUGUCCACUAUUUUCUCAAUACGUUCUGGUCAUCCUAUUCAUUGGACCCAUAUUCCUGCUAUGUUCAGCGUUUACUGCUUCGUUUGACCCGAGUUCGAUAACCGUUCAGAUGCACACAACGCAGACGGUGAAUCUGACACUCGAAGGCCUACCCGAAUUAUCAACUGGAUCGUAUGUACACAUCGGUAGCUCAGACAACCAAAUAGCCGAAGUAUCAAAACAAAUACAAAUAUCCGAAAUAAACGCUGGUCGGUGGAGUGGCAGCUUUGAUGUGCAUGGUGUGUUUUUAGGAUCGACAUCUGCCUUUGUGGAGCUGAUCCGUCCAAAUGUCGAUCCUGAACGAGCUGAUAGUAGGAUGUCGUUGACCAUUAUAAGAGAAUCGCGGGCAAUUGACCAUGCAUUUACUGGAAGUGUGAUCGUAUUGGUAGCUCUUCUCUAUAUAAAUUUCGGAGCGGCAUUGGAUUUGACUAAGUUAAGAGGAAUCAUAACCAGGCCCAUUGGACCAGCUAUUGGUUUUUGUGGACAAUUUAUUGUGAUGCCAUUACUCGGUUUCGGUCUCGCCUAUUUGCUAUUCCCGAACAGGCCCGAUUUGCAACUGGGACUAUUCUUCACGGGUUGUUCGCCGGCUGGCGGUGCAUCGAACAUAUGGACGGUUAUUUUGGGUGGAAAUAUGGAUCUGUCGGUGACAAUGACUUCGAUCAGUACGAUAGCUGCGUUUGGCAUGAUGCCAUUGUGGAUAUUCACGCUGGGAAGAGUGAUCUUCGAUCAGGCCGAGUUGGACGUUCCUUAUGCGAGUUUGGCUCAGUAUGUUGCUGCGUUAGUUAUACCGUUGGCUGUUGGAUUACUGAUUCAGCGAUAUUUACCACGAGUGUGCAAAAUAUUGGUGCGAAUUCUGAAGCCAUUGUCGAUUUUGUUGAUUUUGUUCAUUGUGAUAUUUGCCAUUGUGACGAAUCUUUAUCUGUUCGAAUUGUUUUCGUGGCAGAUUCUUGUCGCUGGCCUUGGUCUUCCAUGGAUCGGAUAUGUUGCUGGAUAUUUGGCGGCGGGAGUAUUUGGGCAGAAUCAUAAGGAUCGCCUGGCAAUUGGCCUAGAAACUGGCAUUCAGAACACAGGCAUUUCCAUAUUUUUGCUGCGUUUAUCCUUACCACAACCAGCGGCUGAUUUAACGACUGUCGUUCCUGUGGCCGUAGCUAUUAUGACACCGGUUCCUCUGCUCAUCUUCUACAUUGCCCUAAGGAUACAUCAGUGUAUGGCGAAGGACAAACACGAGACGCUCAUCAGCGAAACAGAUGUCACCGGAAGCAUUGAAAAUGGAAAAGACUCCGCUGUUGUGAGUGAUGAACCUAAUCAAUACGAUGCUGAAACCAACAAAGACCGAUAAAUCCACUCUUGUAGUCAUAAGUUUCAUUCAUUAAUUUUUUUUUACAUUUGAAUUUAAAAGAGGAGUAAAGUUUACAGGUGAAGAGAAGAUGUAAAAAUUAACGAAAAGUCUGGUUGUCAUUGUUUAGAUAAUAUUGUCUUUGAUUUGUAGAUUUUAAAAAUUGCUGUAAUCUCAAAAAAGGUUUUUAGAUUAGGGUAUUUUUACAGAUAUACAAUUCUCAAAUUAAAUUUUUGUUUUUCGUGAAACUUGUAUGUGCUGUGCAGUACAAUACAGAUAGUAUUGUGAAUUAAAUUCAUUUUCACUAAACAUU